AUGCUUGGCAGUUCCAAGGAAAGUGCUCGACGACGAUUCCAUUUUUUGGAGAAGCGCCUGGAAAGAAACCCGGAAUUACAAAAGGAAUAUCACGAUUUCAUGAGAGAGUAUCUCUCCCUCGGCCACAUGCGCUUGGUCGAAGCGGACGAUGAAGUAAACUCUACAGCCUAUUACCUACCCCACCACCCCGUAAUUAAGGAGUCAAGUACGACGACGAAGGUCCGUGUUGUAUUUGACGGCUCUGCAAAGACCUCCACUGGCUUCUCCCUAAACGAAGCUCUUUGCGUGGGUCCGGUGGUACAGGACGAGCUCAUCGAUAUUAUUCUGCGGUUUCGAACAUUCCCGGUCGCCCUUGUCGGCGAUAUUGCUAAGAUGUAUAGACAGGUACUCAUUCACCCUGACGAUACCUCGCUGCAACGUGUUCUGUGGCGAUUUCCAGAACAGUCUUCGGUCCAAACCUACGAGUUACUCACCGUCACUUACGGUUUGGCUCCAUCAUCCUUCUUGGCCACACGAACGCUCCAGCAAUUGGCAGCAGAUGAAGGUGAAGCUUUCCCCAAAGGUGGCCCGGCUUUGAAAAAGGGGUUCUACGUUGACGAUUUCAUUGGUGGUGCGCAAUCCGUCGAAGAAGCGAUUCGUCUGCGCACAGAGCUUAGCACAUUGCUGCAGAAAGGUGGGUUUGAGCUGCGAAAAUGGACAUCAAAUAGGUUGGAUGUAUUACGAGGCCUUAGCCGUGAGCAAAUUGGCACACAAUCCACUCUUCAAUUCAAUCCAUAUGAAACUAUCAAGGCGCUAGGAAUCAGCUGGGAACCUGAAGCUGACAUGCUACGAUUCGAUUCCCAUAUUCGAGAUAACGAUGAGCCUCCAACAAAGCGAUCGAUUCUUUCGGAUAUUUCCUAA